AUGUCAUUAAUAACAUUUAGCAGUAAAUACGAAACAAACUUUAUUGUAGAAGGAUUUGAUAAUUUGAAGAAAUGUCCGGUUAGCUUCAGAGAACACGAAAGCAGCAGCACACAUAGAGAGAUAAAAGUAAAAUUUGAUUAUAUUCACAAGGCAAGAAAUGUCAAGGAAGAGGUAACAAAGCAAAAUACGGACGAAAAAGCUAUUCGCCGGGAGAUACUGGUAAAGCAGUUGCGUGCACUUAGAUAUUUAGCUCGUCAAGGUUUAGCUAUUCGUGGUAAAAAGGAAGGAGAUGGGAACUUUGAACAAUUGCAGUAUAUUUUAGGUGAAACGUGUCCCCAAUAUCAACAAUGGUUUAAAUCAAAAGACUAUCAGUCUCCAACAAUACUAAACGAACAAAUAAAACUGUUAGGCAAUACGUUGCUUAGAGAAAAAUUAAAACAAAUAUACGGGGCUAAAUGGUUUAGCAUCUUAGCAGUUGAAACUCGUGAUAUCGCAAAUAGGGAACAAUUAUCAAUAUCUAUUCGUUGGGCUGAUGAUGAUUUUGUAGUUUUCGAAGAUUUCAUUGGUUUAGUUGAAUUAACUGAUACCUCAGCACAGACAAUCUAUUUGUCCAUCAAGGAUGUUCUUAUACGUCUCUCGUUGUCAUUAGAAAACUGCCGUGGUCAAGCAUAUGAUGGAGCAAGUAACUUCAUGGGCAAGGAAAAUUCAAAAUGA